GAAUAAAAAUGAUUUGACCAUCCUGUAAUCCAGUGAAUCCAGACCGAGGAUUACAGUCUCAUCUGUGUCUCACUCAGUCUCUCACAGGCUGCACAUCACCCGCUGUGUUUACUCUGAGAUGAAGAAUCUUGAGCGUAUCAUAAUCCCACCAAACAGCACAAAUCACUAGUGUGAGUGAAGAAUGACCAUCUCACACGCUGCACUGCAUGAUACCAGUAGAUUCUCUUCAACAAUACCUGCACAGUUACAUGAUCUGAGGGGCUCAGGUGAACAGCGACGGCCCACCUGGUCUCACUGGCCAAUACUAAGGGAAUGGAGAGGAUAAAUUAGGUCAAUCCAAUCAAGAUUGGACCAAUAACAUAAGGUAUGUAUAUAUACAGUACUGUGCAAAAGUCUUAGGCAACCAUUAGAUGUUGUUUUAGCAAUGGUAUAAUGACCAUAUAUAAUUAUUUCUCAGUCUCUUUAUUGGAAUACAACCAGAAAAUACAGGAAAUUUGUAUACAGUAUUAAAAACCAGAAGAAAAAAAAAAAACAGAAAAAAAAAACACAACAGAAAAAGACAACUUACAUAGGCAAGUAUUUAGUGACCUCCCCUUACACUUGAGCAAUAGCAGGAACUAUGGAUGGUCAUUAAAACAUUGCUAAAACAACAAAGCACAUGUACACAGUACUGUAAAUAAUAUAUAUAUAUAUAUAUAUAUUAUAUUAUAUAUAUAUACAUACACAUUAUUUCUACAUGUCUAACAUUUGUGUUCAGCAGAACUGAAAUAAUGCAGGACAAAGUGAGGCUUUGGAGAGCUUUAGAUCUAAUCCCACACUCUCUAUCUCUCCUUCCUUUUACAGAUCUGAAGAUGGAUGGGGUUUUUUCAGUUUUAUCCCUCUAGUAAUAUCCCAAACACAAAGAAAUAAGCUGGUUUUAACCUUUACUCUUUGUUUCAUUAAAUCUGUCAUCUGCAUGUACAUAGACUGACAUGUAUGGAGAAACUGCGCUCAUAGCUGAGAUGGAUUUUUUUUUUCUCAAUCCCGAGAGAGGUUACGAGUCUGAUUUUAUAAUGUAUAAAAGAUGGAAGGAGAAUAUCCCAUAAUCCAUGCUAUGAGAUAAUUUACACUAGUACAUCAAUAAAAUUUGACGUCACAAAUGGGAUAAACGUUAAAAUACACCCUGUUUCAAAGUUCGAAGUUCUGUUCAGAAUAUAUAAAAAAAAAAUAUAAGGAGAAUUGGAAUGACAAAUACAGUAGUGGCCAAAAGUGAUGUCCGACCUAGGAAAAAUUGACAUCUUCACACUUUAUAUAAAUAUUAUUAAAAUGUGAUUUUGUAAGCAUAAUAUUGCAUAGUAGUGCUUUCAAUUGUUGUAUUCGUGAUAAUGCAAUGAAACAUGCAGACAUCAUUUUUGGCCAGGCUGUCAUAAAAAGAAAUUAUGAACACUUGCAAAAGCAAGAGAGAACCACAAAAUAUUAAUAACUGAUAAUGUUGUAGUCAAGGUAUGCUUUUUCCUGUGAGCUUUUUGUUUUUCUAUGCAUUUUUUUUUUUUUUUUUUGCAUGGUAAAAUAAAACCUGCCUUUUUUUUUUUGCCAUAUAAUUUGUCAGAUAAAUACCUUAACCAAGUUUAGUGUUUCGUUCUUCCCUCAUAUUUAUUUAUUUUUUUUAAAUAAAUUAUUUCUCUUAUAUUUUGAUGGUUUAAUUAAACUUGCGGAGUCUUAAAAAACAAUAUAGGAACGUAAAAUCAAAGACUGUCUAAACUUUUUUCACCAUUUUUAAUAACCUUUUCACAUUUUAAAUGGAACAAAUAUUUAAAUGAAAAAGAAGUGCAAAAUAAAUAUAAAAUGUCAACUACCCAUUAAUAAAAAACACAGUACCUCCGGACAUCACUUUUGGCCACUAUGCAUCCAAUCAACCCCAUCUUUACCAUGUAAACCAGGAAACCCUGUACAUUUUGAAAAUGAUAUGCACAAAUAGCCUGUUUACAUAAAGAAAAAAACACACAAGUAGUCAGUCUGCUAAUUCAUUUAAUAUAACUUCUUUAUUUUCUUCUUUUGAUUUACAUUUUGUCACCAGUUUUAAAAAUGCAAAAUUCAUAAUUGCCUCCUGAAGUGAUGCGGUUUGCACCCCCUCGUUGUAUCUGCGCCCUCAGCUGCCAGCGUGAAAUAUUAAUCACUUUGCUCUUUCUCUUUUCUCUUCUCUGCCAACAGCUGCUCCUGUACAAUAGUGUUUCCCUCCCGGCUCAAACACACAGACACAUGCACACACUCCCCACCUGCAGCUGCUCCUCUGAUGACAGACUCUAAACUCAGAACCUCCAGGAUGCAUCUGUUGUUCGUGCUUCCCUUGGUGUUCGAGGUCCAGUCCAUCUCCAUGAACCACAACUUCACCUGUGACUGCAGCUGCCAUGUGGAGCUCAAAAGUGCUAACUGCACCAGCAGCAAUUUCACCAACCUGCCCACCGCCCUCCCACCAUUCACCGAACAACUGGACCUGUCCCACAACCACCUGAGUGCCAUCCAGCCCCGAGCCUUCCACACCACACGAAGACUUCGCGUCCUGCUCCUCAACGACAACGCCAUUGGCAUGCUAGCCGAUGGAGCGUUUUCUCUGCUGGACGAUCUGUUGAGGUUGGACCUGAGCCGGAACCGAAUCUCAUCUCUGAGUGAAGGAUUUUCACAGGGUCUCGGUUCCCUUCGAGAUCUGUCAUUGGCUGAGAACAGAUUGACCAGCUUGGACAGCAGUUGUUUCGUCCACUUGGAUGCACUGCAAAGACUCAAUCUCAGCCAUAAUGCUAUCGAUACGAUCAAGAUGAGGGCGUUUGGGUCCAUGAGUACCCUACGCCAGAUACAACUCAGUUGGAACAAUUUAACGGUUCUCAAAAAUGGCAUCUUCUCCAUGCUACGAAAUCUUGAAGUCCUAAAUUUAUGUCACAACCAGAUUGACUUCUUGGACGUCGGCGUGCUUUCGCCAUUGACCAGUCUUGCUGUACUGGACCUCACCUACAACAACCUUUCCACUAUUCAAUUCAAGACCUUCUUGAGUCUUAAUACGUACAGCACUCAUAUAAUGCUCAAAGAAAACCCAUGGAAGUGUGACUGUGAUCUGCAGCGAGUCUUCCGGAAGCUCUGUAAUGUCAAACGGCUGUUCCUGGAUGACUAUGACAACCUCUCCUGCUUUGAUGAAAACAACAGAAACUACACGGCGGGUUUUCAUAAGGAAUUCUGUGUUGGUGAGAUGGUUACUGUCCUGGUCAUUACGAUCACAGUGAUCAUCACUGUUGUGGCUGCCUUAGUCAUGGCAGAAAAGAAAAGGGGAAAUAAGAACAAAGAAAAGCAUUGGACGGAAGCCAGCGAGUUGUCCUGUGCAUCGCAAGAUUGAACUAAUGACAAUAGUGUAAAAAGGAAAAUUAAUCUAUCUCUUUGCUUUAUACUCGUACACAAAUGUCUUACUAAUUUGUAAAAAGAUUUGAUAAAAUGUCACACAAACUAUAUGUGAACUUGUGACUA